CGCUUAGGAACGGACAAUUCUUCCUCAUGCAGGUGAUCUGAUUGGCAAUUGCCCACUUCGUUGCCCAGUUUGUUGUUGUCGACAGCGUCUGGGAAAGGGCUUCUACAGUAGGUACUUCAAUCUGGCGUACUUUGGUCAGAUAAGUGGAGCUGGCACUAGCACUUUUGAAAGCAGCACGUAUUAUAUAAAGUACUCUCAAAUUCCAAGUGCUCUCUCCUGAACUGUCGGUGAAGGCGGAAUCGCUUUCAGCAUCUCACUUGCCCUCAUCAGCGGUCGAUUGCUCCUCUUGUAAUCAGGCUCUUGUUCCACUGCGAUAAUUAGGACUCUCUGUGACGGCUACGCUCGGACAUAUAUCCACAUAAGGCCUUCUGCCUGGUCGUGAGGGUGCCCUUCUGCCUUUGCGCCUCUCAAUGAGAGGCAUAUUACAAGGCUGAUGUUUAGUGGUACUGCAGAAUCUAAAGUUCUGCAAUGAAGUCUUCUCUGAAUUCCUCCUCUACAUCCACAAUGCUGCGUCCCAUUGGUCAGAUUGCCGCCCCGCUAGCACAGCAAUAUGGAACAAGCAUCACGCAGCGGGCAACUGGCCUGCAGAGAACAGCUACUGCAAUCUGGAGGAGCCUUCAGGGCGGAAUACAACCUGUGCAAUAUGCGAAUGGUGCACGUUGUAUCAAAAUCAAAGUUGGUCACAGUGGUAAAACCUUUGGCCUGGGCAGACAACAGGACUGUGUUGCCAAGCAGCCAAAACUUCGCACAUUCAGUCAAGCCUCUGCAGUUACCAACGAAUCUGUUGUUUCUCAGAGAGAUGACGAUGCCGGCCAGGUGAGCGGAGUCCAAACAACCUUGGCGGUGUCAAUUACGCGACGCGGUGUCGGUCUCCACUCUGGUGUAGAGUCUAUCGUUACCUUGUUACCAGCUCCAGCAGGAACUGGAAGGAGCUUCAUUGUUGAAGGCUCCAAUCAGUCGUCACAGGAGAUACCUGCACACGUUGAUUACGUCUCUGACACACGCUUGAGCACCGCAGUACGAGCAGGAGACUGCACGGUCCAGACAGUCGAACACCUUCUAUCAGCGCUGCAAGGUCUUGGCGUGCACAAUGUCAGAGUUCAAAUGACCGGGGGUAAUGAGAUUCCCCUUCUGGACGGUUCUGCUUCGGGCUGGGUGGCCGCCUGCAAAGAGGCGGGGAUCGUGCCAGCUGUGGACGGGAACGGAAAGCACGUCGAACGGCGCUCCAGGACACUGAAAGAGGUGGUCACGGUCCGUGAGGGCGACGCCUGGGUGGCCGGCUUUCCAUCUGCUAGGCCGAUGCUCACCUACGGUAUCCACUUUCCUCAGGUCCCUGCCAUCGGUGGACCUCACUGGUAUACUUACACACCGGAAGAGGGACCAGGAACAAGCUUCGAGAACGACGUUGCCCCAGCCCGUACUUUUGGAGUGUUCGAGCAGUUUGAACAGCUGCGUGUCGCGGGGUUGAUCAAGGGCGGCUCGCUCGAAAAUGCGCUGGUGUGCAGCAUCUCGAAGGGCUGGUUGAAUCCUCCGUUGAGGUUCCCAAACGAGCCAUGUCGACACAAACUCCUCGAUCUGAUUGGGGACCUCGCUCUUGCAGAAGUAGACGGAUCAGGUUUUCCUAAUGCUCAUGUAGUUGCAUACAAGGCCAGCCACACCCUCCAUGUGAAGUUUGCCAAGGCCUUACUUCAAAAAAUGUAAGAGAUUAUAUAUUAGCUUGACAAGAAGGCACAAAUCUAGGUUGAGACGGGCAUAUGCGUCUGCAAUUUUUGAAGUAGUAAGCUCAUUUUAGAGAAGUAGAAGUGAGGUGCCAUCGCAAGAUAUUGCUGCAUGCCCGCUGCAUGCUCUUUCAGGCGCUGCAGCGCUGCAUGUGCUUUAGGAAACACAAUUGCAAGCUCGAAGUAGCCGGGUUCAAGCUGUCGGCCCU